CCUGGAGGGAGUCCAGCACCGUCAGACCGUCCACGAGUGUCAAACACUAUGCGCGGAGGGAAGCCCAGCGCCCCGCGGGCCGCUCACCUUCCCGGCUUAAGUGAGGCAACUCGGCACCCGGGCAAAGCCGAAAGGGGCGCAGAGCGGCCUCUGACAGCGCGGGGGCCUGCGGGGGCCUGCGGGGCCGCGCCCCGCUCGCUGCCCGCAGAUCUGGCCUCGAAGCUCCCGGGGCCUUCCGGGGGCCGGGCGCACCCGGGCCUGCACGGUGGGGCCAGGCAGUGCGGGCGGCCUGGUCUGCGGGCGGCCUGGCCCGCCGCCGGGAGCUGCCCGCGGACGGGCGGCCCGGGUGGCAGGCGGCGGGCAGGCAGUGCGCCGGGCAGCUCUCGGCGGACGGCCAUGGCGGUGGCUCUGGGGCUCCGGGGACCGACGCUGCGCUGGUUGGUGGCACUGCGCAGUCGGGGUCCCGGCCGCGCGGCCAUGUCAGCAGAUGCUCACUUGUUGACAGCAGAGGAGAGGAGCCAAGCUAUCCUUGACCUUCAAGCAGCAGGAUGGUCGAAAUUACAAGAGAGAGAUGCCAUCUACAAAGAGUUCUCCUUCAAAAACUUUAAUCAGGGUGCCGCCCUGUUUAGAGAGUCAUCUCCCAUGACUUGCCCUGCAGUUCUUACUCCAUUGCGUUUGUAUAAGGCAUUCGGCUUUAUGUCCCGAGUGGCUCUGCAAGCAGAGAAGAUGAAUCAUCACCCGGAAUGGUUCAAUGUGUACAACAAGGUCCAGAUAACUCUCACUUCGCACGACUGUGGCCAACUGACCAAGCGAGAUGUGAAACUGGCCAAGUUUAUUGAAAAAGCAGCUACUUCUGUGUGAUUUCUUUCAAAAUGCAUGUAAAAUCUUAUAUAUAUCUCAGGUGCAGUAUAUUUUGAAGGUGAUGAACAUGAACAAAUUAAGCUGUAAAUUGAAGUUCAACUUUAUAGACCAUGUUUUGUCAAAUCAAUGCUAAAUAUAAAUGGAUUUACAUUUGA